AUGCCCAACGAGGAGUCUGAUGGCAAGACAUUGAGGUCAGAGGUGGAGGCAGAGAGUACGAGAAAAAAGAUGAGGAUUGAGAAAGCAAGCAAGACCCUAAGCAAGAAAAAGUUGAGGAAGGAGGCCAAGCGCCAGAAGAAGGAGAUGGCCGACAGGAAGACAAAGGAGGUUGAAGAAACAAGGUUUAAGAACCUUGUGAUGGCCAUCCCUGAGGUGCAGAGUGCCGAGAUUGUGCUGCCCAACGCCUCAGCCUCUCAGCUGUCCAGCACCGUGCAGUUCCAGUUUCCCAGCGCCCCAGGUGACAUCUUGCCUGUCCCUGGGCCUGUUCCCGAGUCGACUGGCGCUUCGUCUGUUCCUGUCCCUGAGUUGGUUCCUGUUCCCGAGGUGGUGCCUGAUUCUGAGAUGGUCUGGUCCCAAGGGCGUGUGUGUACCCUGCUGCUGGCGCUGAGCUGGGGAGCUCUGGCCUUGCCUCUGGACUGUAAGGAUGAGUCAGGCAGCCUUGUGCGCUGCACCUCCAUCUCCCAGGAGAAGCUGCUGGACCGAGUCAUCCAGCACGCCGAGCUCAUCUACCGCGUGUCAGAGGAGUCCUGCUCUAUGUUCGAAGACUUGUUUGUGCCCUUCCCAAUGCGCACCGUCAGGAGCCAGGCAGGGAGCACAUGCAUCACUAAGCCGUUCCCCAUCCCCGCCUCCAAGAGCGAGAUCCAGCAGACAUCGGACAAGUGGCUCCUUCACUCUGUGCUGGUGCUGGUGCAGUCCUGGAUCGAACCGCUCCUCUACCUUCAGACCACCUUGAAUCACUAUGACAGCGCCCCGGACGCUCUGCUCAACAAGACCAAGUGGGUGGCGGACAAGCUUUUGAGCCUGGAGCAAGGGUUGCUAGUCCUUAUCCGAAAGAUGCUAAACGAGGGCAUGCUCAUGCCCUCCGUGUACGAGCCAAGCCUGAUGCAGUCGGACUUGCCGCCCGCCAUGCUGGACUCCAUCCUGCGGGAUUACAGCCUGCUCACCUGCUUCAAGAAGGACGCGCAUAAAAUCGAGACCUUCCUGAAGCUCCUCAAGUGUCGCCAGAGCGAUAAUCUCAGCUGUUUGGUUUACUGAACUGCCCUCAAUCUCUACCCUGAGAUUUUCUUGAGUCCCUGCGAAACACCUGACUUUUCAAUCCCAUCACAUGUUUAGCAGAGCCAGAGGAUUUCUUCUGAAGUUCUGAAGUUUUUCCAAAUACUGUUUUCUUUUCACAUAAAGGCCAUAUCUUUACCCAGCCAAGUUGACAGGCUGUUUUGGCAUACUCAUGAAGUAGUUUAUCACUUUAAGAAAAUCAGGUUACUGCCAGUGUUGUGUUUUUUUUUUUUUUAUCCUAGCUAAGGGAGAGACAGAGGGUACUCCCUCAGGAAAAUUUGCAUGUUGCUCUUUCACCGAAUCUGCAUAUUUUGCCAUUGAUUUCCGUAUCCUUUGUUCUUAACAAGUUUGCAUUCCUUCCUAGUUUCUUGCUGUGCUACACUAUUCCCCAGUGGCUCAGUGAAUAUGCACAGAUCCUCUUCUUUGAGUCUAGCUGGUUUCACCUCCACAUUAGUGAGAAGAGCAAAAAGAAAAGCAUUCUCCACCAUAGUUAAGAAAGCUACAGGGCAGACAGGAGAUAUUGUGGGAAAUCAAGAUAGCACACUGGAAUUUGGACAUGCAGAACUCAAGCUUAAUCCUUAGAAUAUCAGACAUACUGUGCGCAUACUUAUACACAUAUCAUUUCUUCAGCUAGAAGUGGCUAAAUGUGUGCACAUUUUUGUUAGAGGUAUAACUAUUUCAUACAGAGUCAAGUGAGACGCGUUUGCUUAUUCCAUAUCUUGAGUCAUGUUGAAAAUAUGGGUUACCUCAUAAGACUUUGCAGGAAAACAUCGUCCAAAAUUUCCAAAUCCCCACGCCUGUUAUUCCAACUUGCCUGUAGAAAUGAGUUAUACGCCAUCAUUAUUUACACGUAUUACACUUUGGAGCAUAGAGA